AUGACGGCAGGAAACCCGAAGCGCGUGGCAAUCACAACAAAAGCGUCCGAAAGCGACUGGUUUGAGCUUUUCCGUGUAAACUACACUGUCAUCAACGGAACGGGACAGAAAGUGCAAACUUCGGCCCCUAGCAUAACACUUAUUGAAGUCAUCAUGGAUUCGCAAUAUCUGGCGAAACUUUCGAGAAGGAGCAACACAGAUGACGGCCCUUUGGAUGCUUGCUACUUCCCGUGCAAUGCUGCAUUUCUCAAGGGACAAGUCGACCGAAGCAGGGAGGACUAUUGCGCGGCGGGAAGUGCAUUCGAGACAUACUGGAACGGAUGUCGCUGUUGUAUUCAGGGCAAGCUGGAUAACGGUUACUCCUCUGAAAAUUAUCUGGCGAAGGACUUUACCGGCCAGCUUAAUAUCUGUCAACAUGAUGCGCCUCCGAACCCUGCGAAUUUAUGGGGGUCUGACCCGUGCGCCUUCCCAAAUACACCUGUUGCGACGCCGAUACCGACUCCUUUCCCGACGCAAACAAGUUGGAAUGAACUGGCGCCCGAGGAUCCCUUGAGUGUAGGAUUCCCGGUCACCUACGCUCUCAAUCAGUUGAGGCCGGACCACAAUGAAAAACCAAUCUCCGUAGGCCCCUCGUUGACAGCGACUGAACCAAAGACAACCUUGGUGACAGAGACUCUGAGUGAAACGGUCACCAACGCAUCAGGUAGCGCAGUCGUAUCAUAUAUCACGAAGACAUUUUUGACGACCGCCUCAUAUGCCACGUUAGGACCAACGCAGGAUUCACUGGCCGUGGAGCCUACUCUCAGCCGCAACGUGACGAUUGGUGUAAUUGCUGGGGUGGUGGCAUUAACAGCUUUAGGUGGUGGACUUGGUCUCUUCAUGUGGAGACGCACUAAAAGGAAGAGCCGGCAAGUGUUUCAGGAUUCGUAUCCUGAUAGCAAACCCUCCAUAGAGGCACAAGUAUCUCCUCCUACAGAGCUCGUUGGAGGGCGAAUGCUUGCCCACGAAGCUGAUGGUAAACCUAUCAUCGCAGAAUUAGAAGACACCGAGGUUAAGUCACAACCAGUCGAGGAUAUCAAGUCAGAAGGAAAGGAGGCAGAAGGCGGCAAUGAUAGUGACAAAUCUGCCACCUGA